AUGAACCAGAACAUUGAAUCAAAGGGUCCCGAGUCACGACUGAAAGACCUAUCUCUUGGUGCUGGCAGUCUGUUAGAUAUUGGCAUCUACAGCCUGACCUGGGGCCUUGUGACCCUCGAUGCAGGUGUAGGCGAAAAGGCCACUGCACCGAAGAUCACGGCCGCUCAAACUCUGGUCGAUGGUAUUGACAUUGGCACUUCGAUCAUCCUCUUAUACCCCGAUGGAAAGCAGGGUAUAUUGACCUCCAACUCAAAAGUCAAAACACCAGAGGCUUUCUGCCGUGUCGAAGGUACCAAGGGCCAUAUCAUUGUAGAAGGCUUUGCGGGCUCAGUCCCUGCGAAAUUUACUGUUUACAAGGACGGAGGGGCUGAGGGAAAGAAGUAUGAGUUUGAGAGAACUGGCAAGGGAUUUUACUGGGAGGCUGAUGCGGUGGCUCUUGAUAUUGCUGCUGGCAAGGUCGAGAGUGAUACUAUGCCGUGGGCUGAGACUAUUCGCGUCAUGGAGAUUAUGGACGAGUCUCCGCUACUCCACGAGACCAAAUCUGCACUAAAGUCUAUCACCACAAACUUAAGAUCUCCGCUACUCCCCGACAUUCCAUCUACCUUAUGCAAGAUCUUUUCACUACCUCACUCCGCAAUGAUCAGCCAAGGCGGUACCAGCUUCUCGGAUCAGCAGGGGCAGGGCAAUAAGCGACAACGCACGGCAGCCAUGUACCACCGCAAACGCGCCGUGACAGCUUGCCAAUCGUGUCGAUUGAGGAACACCAAGUGUGACAAUGUUCGACCAGUCUGUGGAUUCUGCUCGAGGAGCGGUGCUCAGUGUGUCUAUCCUGGCUCUGGCCCUGACAGCGAUUACUCAAGCUACGAUCCUGCCAGUUUGACCAUUCUGGAUCGGCUCAAUCAUGUCGUUUCUCUUCUUGAGUCUCGACCUUUAGCAGUACUUGUAAAUGAGACAGGGUCUUACGAUUCACCGCAUGAAGCAUCUGAUAUACCUAGAAGGCCUGCUAGUAUCACCCAGCCAUUGCGUGUUGCUCCAAUACACGCAUCCAGAGACUUGACGACUCUUGUCCCUGAAGAUGACGUACUGCAGGUCCUCGAACGCCCUGACUUUCCUUCAGAAUCUAAUAACUGUGAGAGUAGUAUGCGGUGGCCUAUAUUUCGAGACCUGGUGCCUGAAGUCAACUCUUUUGUGCUAGAGCUAAAUGAAGACGUAGAAGCAGGGCCCAGCGAUGCCCGCGUCUCAGGUGGAAGAGGCGUCCAGGAGGAGGAAUUUAUUCCUCUUUCAAAACGAUUUCUGGCAUAUGUACACGUCAAAAACCCGAUCCUGGAUGUCAAGGAUUAUAAGAACAAGGUCAGAGAAGCAGCUGAGAAUGGACCAAGAUGGGAUGCAUGCUUGUCGGUGCCCUUUCACACCGAGGCAGAUGUUGACGGCUCUCCUGCCUCGACGCGCUCAUCGCCAACCACUGUUAUAGACCCGGAAACCGCUGCAUCAUACUAUCUUGCCGCAAAGAAACGACUUGGACUGCUUCAGCCAUCACUCUUAUAUAUACAGUGCCUAUUUCUCUGUGGUAUAUAUGAGAUGUACUGCCUUCACCCACUGCAAGCUUGGUUCCACUUCAAUCGAGCCUGCGUCGAUUUACGAAAUAUCCUCUGGGCCCGCAGUCAGAAAAAGUCGGACCAGGCAACCACGCAAGAAAUUCGCCGACUUGAACAAAGACUGUAUUGGUCUUGUGUCAAAACGGAAUAUGAAUUGCGGUACGAGAUACCGUUACCACCAAGUGGCAUUACGCAGUGCGACUAUCCAGACAUGUUUCCAUCACCACCAACAGAACUGACCUCUCCAUCGGCCUAUGAUCGGGGUGACACUUUCGAUGACGAUAUUGUUUCCGAAGAAGAGAAGAGUUGGUUCUAUUACUUGGCAGAGAUUUCUUAUCGAAGGAUGAUGAACCGAGCCAUGGCUGUAAUGGCCCGGAGCGGAGAGCAAGGUUGGAGUAAUAACAUCUCUGAAGCCAUGGAGCAUUGCAAAGAGUUCAACGAACAAAUAGAUCUUUGGUAUUCUUACAUUCUACCUCAAAUCGACCCCAAGAACGCAGUCCACGCCAACAACGAGCUAGCACAAUUCUUGAAGAACCGUGAACUAUCCUGUCGAGAAUGGAUACACCGCCCCUUGCUCUUCUACGUACUUCACACGUCUCCAGAAGAUGAACACUACGGUCGAGCUAUCCCACUGGCGCAGAGAUGUCUCGAGCUGUGCGUAGAGCAUCUCUUCCGAACUUAUGGACAUAACCGACAUCACGGAACGUGGUAUAUUGCACAAAUGACUGGACCGCAAUCUGAGGCUGAUCGAGACCAGCCUUACAGAUACAUGGCACUCGAGUCGCCACUCCAUAUCAGGUUGAUUCAUCUACUGCCUGGCGAGCCUGGCGAGCAUAUUCGACUACGAAUCUCACAUGAACUUCUGAGGCAGCCGGAGAAGCCUAGCCCGCUGCGCUUAUCGCGAAAAGAUCUGCAAAGAACGCUUCCUUCAGGAUGGGAAGUCUUUGAAACAAUCGAAGGUAGAUUCAUCUUUAAGGGCGAGCCUGACGACGCAUCAACUGAGGACAGUGUGAGGAGUGAUGGAAGAAGGAGAAUCGUCCAUACUUGGAAUCACCCAGACCAAGACGUAGACCCAGAACUGUACGAGCUUCCGCCUGUAAACCCUGCACAACCCCCCUUCGAAGCUCUAUCCUACGUCUGGGGUCAGCAGCGUGACCCUGUGGUCGCUACCAUUGAGGGAAAGUUAGGUGGCUGUCUGGGAAAUAUAAAGCUUGGGGAAAACCUAGCUGCGGCUCUCAGACACCUGAGAUACAAGGAUAAAGAGCGCGUGCUGUGGGUGGAUGCCAUCUGCAUCAACCAGAACGACGAUGUCGAAAGGGCUACCCAAGUCCUUCGGAUGUCAAGUAUCUACCAGGACUGCAGCCGAGUCAUCAUCUGGCUUGGCCCCGAAAAGCACGACAUAGGGCUGCUUUUCUCUGAAUUAGCUCAUAUUGGGUCCCAGGCUGAGAGUACAAUAAACGGGUUUAUAAUGUCAACCCCGGGUGCAACCAACCCCAGUUUGUUGGACAGAGAUGCUCACAUCUCCUUUUCCGACGAGGUAUGGUCAGCUAUGAAAAGGCUCGGAGAACGGUCUUGGUUUCACCGCGUUUGGACUGUUCAAGAGGCUAUCAUGGCGAAUCGCGAUUCCAUAGUCCAGAGUGGCAACGCUAUUAUAACAUUGCCUUUAUUCCGUCGUGCAGCUUUAAACCUUCUGGAAAAAAGCAAGAUGCCAGUACCUCGAGAAGCCGUCUACGCCAUGUACGGCAUGGCGAGAAAUCCAAUCGGAGCAACACUGGCGCAUACUCUAGACGCAUAUCAAGACCGGAUUUGUUCCGACUCCCACGACAAGAUAUACGCACUACUGGCUAUUCUACCGCCGAGAUUUGCGUGCGAGAUCAAGCCGGAUUAUGAGCAGCCUGUCUUCGAGCUAUACAAGUCCUGCUUUCUGGCGAGUAUAAAAACUCUUAGUCGCUGGGAGCUGCGUGGCUGCCCUCGAAACCCCAAUGAGGAUGAUCGGCCCUCUUGGGUACCUGAUCUUUCUCAAGCAGAUCCAUAUGUUUGGAAAGUGUCAGAGCACUUCGCCGUUGGAUGUUCUGCACUACACUAUGAGCACCAAGCGCCCAAUUUGCUAAAGGUGGUUGGGUUAAAAUUCGACACGGUGAAGUCUGUUUCUGGGAAGACUUUUGGUUCUUGGGAUGAUGGAGAAACAGCAAUUCGCACCGUCAGAUCUUGGGAACCUGAAUGUUCUCUCGCAGACCCUUAUCCUGGUGGAGGCACCUAUCUAGAUGCAUUUGCAGCCACUUUACUUCAACACGAUAGGUUCGAAUUUGAGUUUCUCUCGACAGCCUUAAAACCGUUGUCCAAGCUGAGUCGCGGAGACUUGAUUGAAUUUGUCAUCUGGACACGUUCCACAGGUAGAGCAAUGGUCACGACAGAGAGGGGUAGUAUUGGUUUAGCCUGUACUUUUGCAAAGCCAGCAUCAGGUGAUGUGAUUUGCGUCGUCCUCGGUUGCGACUUUCCCGUACUCCUCCAUCCAUGUGAGGAUAACACCUGGAAGUUUCUGAGUGACUGCUAUGUAUGGGAUCUAGAAGCUACGCAAGGCUUGCUAGGCCCUCUUCCGUCCCCGUGGCAGGCCCAACUAUUCUCUGAUCCCGGUAUAGCACACCGGUCUUACACCCGCUAUCAUAACCCUGAAACAGGAGAGCUGACAGCAGAAGAUCCUAGACUGGAGCCUCUUGUGGAAUGGCAGCGCGUUUCACUGGAGGAGCUGGGGCGAGACCUUACAGGUGAUGACCCGGAAGUGUAUGACUUCUUCCGGAAUAUGGAAGAUGGCAGGAUUGUAGACUCUGAUCCACGGUUGGAGCCAGAAGCGCUUAAGAGCCGGGGAGUGAACCUGGAAACCUUUACAUUGAGCUAG